AUGUGCUUCAUCCCUCCUGAUACACACGGUGGGGUGAAUGAAUGCUACGACUUUGAUACCGGCCUAGGUAAUGUUUUCAUCGAUGCAGUCGUACGCCAUUAUACGGACGACAAGCGCGAGUACGAUAAGGAUGGCGAGACGAGGGUGCGUGGUACAGUCGAUCAGGAGCUCAUGGACAACUUUCUACCUCAUAAGUACUUCGCCCUCGAUCAGCCAAAAACACCUGGCCGUGAAGUUUUUCGUGAUACGCUCGCCACAGGCUAUUGUGGAUCACUACCGUCAUUAUGCCCCAAAGACCUAAAAAUUGCGGAAAUCUUUAUGUGCGGUGGCGGCGCAUAUAACCCUACCAUUACCGCAUACAUCCAAAAGCGCUAUCCAAACACCCAGAUAUUACCGCUAGAUGAUGCUGGUAUUCCAGCUGGUGCCAAGGAGGCGAUCACCCUCGCCUGGCAGGGUAUGGAGGCCUUUGUGGGCCGUUCUAUUCUUGUUCCCACACGCGUUGAGGCCCGUAAAGAGUAUGUGCUUGGGGACGUGUCUCCUAUUAGAAAUUACUGCGAGGUUUUGCACCAAGGAAAGCUAUUUGGUGCUGUUGAUCAUCUUUCUCCGGUAAAGGAACUGAUCAAAUAUGUUGAUGGCAAGGUUUUUAACAACAAGUGGCGAUUAAUGGUCUCUGAUGGAGACUUAAGCAUAAAACUGCGACUUUCUCGCGUGCGAUGGCGUAGACGCAUUUUCUUGCGGGAUUCAUAA